AUGAAGAUGAAUGAACACACCCAUUCUGCUUCUGCAGCCAGUGUACAAGUUGCCAAAGUGAAAGCAAAUUUAAAACGCCGUGCAGAAGAAUCACAGGAAGUACCUAGUGUUCUUAUAUAUGAAUGUAUAGCUGAUGUGCCUUCGUCAGUCCAAGAAUCUUUACCAACGUUAAGCAGCAUGAAGAAAAUAAUACGACGAAAAAGGAAUGAUAUUAGCCUAGCGCCAGCAAACCCUACUGAUCUUCAGCAGUUGGAGAUUCCAAUUGCAUAUAAAAUGUAUAAACCUGAUAACUUAGCAGAAGAAAAUUUUUUUUUGGCCGAUAGUGGACAAGGAAGUAAUCGUAUAAUCAUAUUUGGACGGGAAUCCUGGAAACAUUAUUUAGUAGAAUCGACGUGGUUUGUGGACGGUACAUUCAACGUAGCCCGUAUUUUAUUCUCUCAGGUAUUUUGUAUUCUGGCAAAAAAAUUUGAUGGAGUUCAACCAAUUCUGCAUAUACUUCUAACAAAUACGCAACGUUCAACUUAUGUCCGUAUGUUUGAAAUGGUUAAAUCAUUGGUACCUAAUGUAAGACCGCAGUGUAUCCAUUGUGACUUUGAACAAGCAGCUAUUGGUGCUAUGAGAAAAUGUUUCCCUGGAGUCAAAAUAAGAGGUUGUUUUUUUCAUUUGGCACAAAGUAUGCAUAGACACAUAGCUGCAGUUGGAGCAAGUCGUCAAUACAACACCGAACCAGAUUUUGCUUUAAAAGCCAAAAUGAUACUUGCUUUGACUUUUGUGCCACAUCGUGACCUUGGCAUCUACACAGAAGCACUUGCAGACUUUUUGCCUCAAGAACUGUUACCAAUACUAGAUUGGUUUGAAUUUACCUAUAUUGGUAUCUACACUAGGCGUGGCAGUUACCGAAGGGCACCUUUGUUUCCCCAUGAUAUGUGGUCGCAAUAUGAGACAACUUUAAAUGAUGAAGAUCGGACAAAUAACCACGCAGAAUUGCUUUUGAACUCGGAGCUAACCACCCAACCAUAUGGAAAUUCAUAG